AUGGCUGGGCUCGAUGAAGGACUGAUGGAUGUGGCUGCCGGUUCGUCUUCUUCGGAUCUUCUUGGUGAUGUUCCUGACAAAGAUGUGAAUCUGUUAUUAGGUGAGCUGUGCAUCUCUGAACGUCAGGAGCAACCGAAACUAGAGGAACGGACCAUCAAGUUUCCUUUGUUGGCUUUGGAUCUUGUAAAAACUUUGGAGACUGCUGAUCUGAGGACUUGGAAACGCCUAGUGGAAUUGUGUAGUGUCGUGAAAAACGACCAUUGUGAAGCAAGGAUCGGGGGCAUUACUUUGAACAUCGGUGGAUUUGAAUCCUUGAAGAAGAUUUGGUGCAGACAUUUGACCAUUCCCACACCAGCGGACCUACCUCUAUCAGAGAAAGCAGUUGAGAUAACCGAAGGAUCUUCAAGCGAGUGUCUGGAAGUCUGGUCUAUGUCCGGCUGGUCCGUGGUCUGUGGUCUGUGGGGAUGGAUCGAUGUCAUCUACCAACCUACGGAAUCGAAUUUAUUCGGAUCUGAAGCUUGA